AUGAAUGCACAAUUGCACAUGUUUGAGUUUCCCCUUGCCCCAUCUCAGCAAGAAGGGGAUUUCUUCCCUGCCAUAAGAAUGCUAUUCCAAACUGAUAGUGGCAAGCCGCACCUCUCCUCGCAUUACCAAUUUGAUCUUGGUUUGCAAAUGGAUUACCAAGGGAGCAAUGUUAGGGAUUUCCUUCAUGUUAAUGGACAAGUGGUGCUAGAAAGAGUGAAUACCAACUAUAAUCUAAGAUCUUUCACUCAAAAAGAGAUAGAAGACAUUACUGGUGGGUAUAGCACUGUGCUGGGAGAAGGGGGAUUUGGUAAGGUUUACAAAGGAAAAUUAGAUGGUCUUCGUCCAGUUGCAGUAAAGAGAUACAAAAAUGGAACCAAGAAAGAAGAGUUCGCCAAAGAGGUGAUAGUGCAUUCCCAGAUAAAUCACAAGAAUGUUGUCAGACUGUUUGGUUGCUGCACGGAGGAAAAUGCUCUUACUAUUGUUAUGGAGUUUGCAUGCAAUGGCAAUCUCUACAAUAUCCUUCACUGCAGCAGAAGCGAUGCUAAUGGUUUUGUCCCCUUCCCUUUGGACAAACGUUUGGACAUCGCCAUUGAGUCAGCUGAAGUAUUAUCAUGCAUGCAUUCAAUGUAUAGUCCCGUUCUUCAUGGUGACAUCAAACCCGCUAAUAUACUGCUAGAUGAAAAUUUUCGGCCAAAGAUAUCAGAUUUUGGGAUAUCAAGGUUCCUUUCUGCUGAUGAGACUCAGCAUACCAGACAUGUCAUUGGAUGCAUAGGUUAUAUGGACCCUUUGUUCUGUCAGAGUGGGAUUCUAACUUCGAAGAGUGAUGUAUAUAGUUUUGGAGUCGUUUUGCUGGAAAUCAUCACCCGAAAGAAAGCCGUUGACGGGAAUGUCAUUCUUGCUCAGAGUUUUGUUGAAUCCCUGAGAAAAGGGAAAAAGGUGAGACUAAUGUUUGAUGAAGAAAUUGCCAACGAUAAAAAGAACAUCAAAUUUCUUGAAGAUGUCGCAAAGCUAGUAGCUGAAUGCUUGAAAAUGGAGGCCAAAAUGCGUCCAGAAAUGGUUGAGGUGGCGGACAGGCUUAGGACGAUUAGAAAAGCUUACCGCCAGCGGAAGGGCAGAAAUUCUACAGGGCAGGUGUCUUAUUGGUGGUUCAAUCCACAAGGUAGCAACUCUGGACUUAUUAAAAGUGGAAAGGCACAGGAUAUGCUUUCCCCUACCCCUGUUACCGCUGCUACUGCCAAGAACACUGACAAAAUUCCAUCAUAUGUGGUACCGACCAUUUCCAUGGAUGAACUGAAGAAAAUAACCAGGAACUUUAGCAAUGAUGCUGUAAUAGGGGGCUUAUCCAGUGGUUGUUUCUUCGGGGUGCUGAACAAUGGAAAUAAAUCCGCGAUCAAGAUACUCAGUACUGAAGAAGUUACUUUGGAGAUUCCAGUGGUCUCAAGAUUCAGACAUGAGAAUAUUCUCCAGCUUCUCGGAUACUGUGUUGAAGGAGACAACUUUCUUCUUGCUUAUGAGUAUGCAUCCAGGGGAUCCUUGCAUGAUAUUCUUCAUGGUAAAAAGAAUGUUACGGGGGCUGAACCAGGACUCGUUCUAUCAUGGACGCAACGCGUGAAGAUUGCCCUGGGUGCUGCAAGUGGGCUCGAGUGCCUCCACGAGAAAACAGAACCUUGCAUUAUCCACAGUUGCAUCAAGGCCAGCAACAUAUUUCUCUUUGACAGUGACGUUGCGAAGAUUGGUUACCCUGGUUUUUCCAGACACCCUCACUACAUAGACAAUAUUCUUUUGGACCGUCCAGAUUGUCCUGGAGGAAAAUAUUAUCCUCCCAGUUCCGCUUAUGAUGCGCCUGAGUAUGCAACAAAAUGUUCCACUGCUGUCAGAUUCUUCUACCAGAGGCACAACCGGUACAGGAUGGAGAGGCGGCGUGGCCUGGGAUGGGGUGGAGGCCGGUAUGCUGGUGCCGUUAGCCGCCGACAAGGACGGGCUCGACCAAGACUUGAUGAAUCCAAGGUGCACCAAUGCGUGGAUCCGAGACUUGGUGGAGAUUUCCCUCCCAAGGCUGCCGCCAAGAUGGCUGCAGUGGCAGCGCUCUGUACACAGCAUGAGAAGGAACACCGGCCAAAAAUAAGUAUCAUGGUCAAGGCUCUGAGGCCGUUGCUGGUCAGCAAGUAA